CGGGGCGGAGGCUGCGGACUCGGCCCGGCACAGGACGGCGGGGGAGAGCGGCCACGACGGGGAGGUGUCUCCCCUCCCGCCCGUACUCGGCUCCCAUCGCGAAGGCGAGAGAUGGAGGUUGAUAUUUGCAAACAGGAUAUGCUCCAGAAGAAGAAGAAUGCUGUUUUGGUGGAUGGGGUCAUCCUAAAUGGUCCAAUAAUGGACUCAAAGGAAGGAGAGAAGUUUGUGGAAGAGGCUUGCAAAAUUAUAAUGGAAGAAGUCAUCCAGAAAGCUGAUGAUGUAACAGAAAAGGUUUGUGAGUGGCAAGCCCCCGAAACACUGAAGCAGAUUCUUGACCUGGAAAUGAGGGACACUGGAGAAUCUCAUCAGAAACUCUUGCAACUCUGCCGAGAUGUUAUCCAAUACAGUGUCAAAACCAGUCAUCCAAGAUUUUUCAAUCAGCUCUAUGCUGGAAUAGAUUAUUACUCAUUGGUAGCUCGGUUCAUUACAGAAGCAUUGAACCCAAGUGUAUACACAUAUGAAGUAUCUCCUGUGUUUCUGUUGGUGGAAGAAGCAGUCAUCAAAAAAAUGAUUGAGUUCAUAGGCUGGGAAGAAGGUGAUGGCAUAUUUAAUCCAGGUGGCUCAGUUUCAAAUAUGUAUGCUAUGAACUUGGCAAGAUACAGAUUUUGUCCAGAGAUAAAGGAAAAAGGGCUUUCGGGUUUGCCAAGGCUUGUCCUGUUUGCUUCAGAAGAGUGUCAUUACUCCAUGAAGAAGGCAGCCUCCUUCCUGGGUAUUGGUACAGAGAAUGUUUACUUCAUUAAAACAGAUGAGAGAGGUAAGAUGAUACCUGAGGAACUGGAGAAACAAGUCCAGCGGGCCAGGAAAGAGGGGUCAACACCAUUUCUUGUCUGUGCUACAGCAGGCACAACAGUGCUGGGAGCAUUUGAUCCUCUGGAUGCAAUUGCUGAUGUCUGUGAAAAGCAUGGCCUCUGGCUUCAUGUAGAUGCUUCUUGGGGUGGCUCGGCUUUGAUAUCAAGGAAGCAUUGCAGACUUCUUCAUGGCAUCCAGAGGGCUGAUUCUGUUGCCUGGAAUCCCCACAAAAUGCUGUUGGCAGGAAUCCAGUGCUGUGCUCUUCUGGUGAAAGAUAGCUCUGGCCUCCUGAAGAAGUGUUAUUCUGCCAAGGCUUCCUACCUGUUCCAGCAGGACAAGUUCUACGAUGUCAGCUAUGACACUGGUGACAAGUCCAUUCAAUGCAGCAGGCGUCCGGAUGCCUUCAAAUUCUGGCUGAUGUGGAAAGCAUUGGGAACCACAGGCCUCGAGGAGAGAGUGAACAGGGCACUGGCCCUGGCUAGAUAUCUAGCAGAGGAAAUUAUGAAAAGAGAAGGAUUCCAGCUCAUUUUGGAACCGGAGUAUGCAAACGUUUGCUUUUGGUACAUUCCACCAAGCUUAAGAAAAAUGGAGGAAGGACCUGAAUUUUGGCAGAAGCUACACCAGGUUGCUCCUAUAAUUAAAGAAAGGAUGAUGAAGAAGGGCAGCAUGAUGCUCGGGUACCAACCUCACCAGGGCAAAGUCAACUUCUUCCGACAGGUCGUGAUCAGCCCCCAAGUCAGUCGAGAGGACAUGGACUUCUUGCUGGAUGAAAUCCAACUUCUUGCUAAGGACUUGUAGCUGUAGCUCCUCAGCACUAGACACUGCUUUCAUGUGAUAUUUAUGGAGAGAGAGAAUUGCGGCAGUGUUCUGGUGCUAUUUUGUGAAAGGUAGUAAAAAGCUUGACAUAUAGUUUGGGAACUGUCAUUGUACAAUGAUGUUGAGAGCUUUACAGGUAGGAACCCCCCCCCCUCCUCCUCAAACCCCCUUCACAGGAAAGUAUUUGCUGAUGGGGGCUGAGAGUGGCAGAUGCAGGCUGGUGUUUGCAGCACCACUGCCACCAGUCUGGGAAGUGCUUCCUUGAGAAGGGAGCACUUCUGAAAAUGGUGUCUAUGUCCCAGGGAGGGCAGCUACCUACAGUGUGCCCGUGCACAGUGUAGCUCAAACUGGUCACUUAUAUAUGCAGGCAAUACUCCUCUGAAGUUACUUUUAGGAGUGGAUUUAGCUCAGUGAGCUUUAAAAUGCUAGUUUUAAACUACUCUGUCAAUAUUUUAGUUUGGUAUGUGUUGAAGGGUAGAGGUGUAGUUGGUAAUCACACUGAUAAGACUGAGCAUUGUGGACUUUUGUGAAGUGUUCCUCAAGGCCCUUAACAUGGUGAAUUGCUCCUGUGCAGUGGGAGGUUUUCAGAACCUGUCUGCAUAAGGCCCUGAGCCAACCAAUAUUGACCCUGCUUUGAGCAGAUGGAACUAGAAGAGUUAUUAAGGUCUCUUCCAACCUGACUGAUACUGAGAUGCUAUGAAAUACAGUGGUGGGGCCCAGUCAGUGUUUGCCAAUGUCUCCCACCCAAAAUAUCACCACCACUUUAGCAGAGCUGAGAAUAUUGAAAUAGCACUUAGAACUUCUUACCUCUGUUAACAGGAGCAACUUGUCAUUUCUUCGUUUUUAAAGUGUAGAGAUUUAUUUAGAAGCUUUUAGAUGCACUGUAAAGUUUUAACAGAGUAAAUAUAAUAUAUUUACCUGAAGGAUAUAUAUAUUUUUAUGCAUGGUAAAUUUGUAUUAAGAGUAUAGCAAAAUUACAUGUUUGACAUUGUCUGUAUUUUCCUACAGAUUAGAGAUGACUCAAUCUUAUGUUACCAGUAUAUAAUUUAUAUUUUGGCACUGAGAUUAAGGUGGUGGUGAUCAGUGAAAGCCUGCCUGCAGUUUUAGGGUAUGAACAGUAUGAGUUUUUUGGUCAUUCUUAAAUUGCAAAAUUAAAUUCUGAACUUUAUGUUAAGAAUUGUAGUUUACUUUUGAUUUGAUUUUAUUCGAUAAGAUGAUCCAUUUUGUAAAGAUAGAAAUUUAUUUCUUGUGGUGAAGUUCUUGCAGCAAACUAAUGGAAUAACCAUGUCUUUCACCUUGUAAUCAAUGCCUACUUUAAUGUUUUGAUGUUUGUUCCUUAUGUUUUAUUUGAGGUGGCACUGACCAAUGUGAGCCUUUCUGCUGUAAUGUUUUCUCUCCUGCUGAAAACUGUCUCUAAACACAAUGCUUUCUUGUGUCAUUUCCUACAUUGUACUAGGAUCCAACAUUGAGUGACAUUCCUACUUCCAGACUCCAGGUUCAUGGCAUGAAAAGUUUCACAACAAAGUCGUGAUACCAAGGAGGUUACACUAGCAGAGUAGUAGAUAGGAGCAAGAGUUACCCUGCAGCACUUGACAGAUGCCUUUAACAGUGUUCUGGAAGUAAAUAUUCUCGUGCUAUUAUAGUGAGCUACUGGACUUCAAGCCAAAACCCACAUUGAUUUUAACAAAAGAAUUAAUAUAAUGGUGAAGUCCCUGUAUUUGGCCUCGUAAUAUGCGUAGUUCACAUUUCAUUUACUAUCCUGUGCUUCUGGCUAUAUCAGCUUGCAAAGGACCUAACUAACUUCUUACCUGGCCUCCCAGAUACUCCAGGUGGAGUGUGGAAAGUACAAAGGGGGUACUGGAUGGUUGGGAAAACUUCGCUGUUGCUUCUUGAGUUAGCUAGGACUGUCAUCCCUUCUCUCUUUUCUUGAAAGGAAAGACAGAAUACAGUCCCAGGAUGUUUUGAUUACAGUCCAGAUUCUUGGUGAGUACUUGAUUUUUGAUUCAGGGGGAGCUAUGUCACCUUCUGUCUGCUAAGAAUUUGGUGUCUGGUGUUUUGUGGCAACAACUUUCACCAAAGUGUUAACUGACUUGUUUCUCAUGGUGUUAGCGUGUUUCUGUUUCCAGCUGCUGUCACACUUACAGCCCAUGUCAAACUGAAGUAACCAGUUCCUUUCUGGAGCAGUAGUGGCUAUAGUAUUUUUAAAUGAGAGCAAAAUAGAACUUUUUAAAUAUUUGCAGCAAAUAGGUCUCCAAUCAACAUGUGCCCUGAUUUCUUUAAAGGUAUAAGCUAACUUUCCAGUGUGAUGUGAGUACCUUAUCUCAUCUCCAUAUAUUUUAUUGCUGACCCCUUACCUUGUUCCAGGUGUGCACUAUGAUGGUCUCAUUUCAGGACUAAUGUAAUUUUCUCAUAGCUGCCUAUUUAGGGCUACCAUGUACAAAAUGUCUGUUUUGUAGCUGGUGAUUUUAAUAAAAAGUGAAGUAAAUAACA